AUGGGACUCGAUCGUUGUUUCGCGAUAUCAGCUAGCCGAGCUGUCGCCGCCACCAACUCGUCUGCGACAACCAUUUCAGCCUCCCUCUCCUUUCUCUCCUCGUCCUCCUCAACCCAACAUCCUUGUUCCGCUGCCUCACCCGCGGCGUCGGUCUCCCAAUCGACAGCUACCACGUGUUGCAACGUGCAGCUGCCAGUCAGAGCAGCGUCCCUCUCGGUAACGUCGGGUCUUCACCAGGACGCGCUACUGUUCUCUCCGCCCCCUUCCGCCAACGUCACUUCAUGGGGAUCCGCUGUCGUCUCCUCGCCUCCAUCACGACUUCCCAGCAGAUACGCCAGCCGUGCGUCGUUUGGGGGCCAAUCAUGUGCAGGUUCUGAUUGCUUCAGCGCCGCAGCAGCAGCGUCGUUUCCGAACCGGACUGCCGCUUUGUGGAGCCGAUGCCGAACGAAAAGACCAGGUUCGCCCAACUCGCGGUCUGCAGGGUUUAGCGUCUCUUGCCACACAGCAUUUUUGAAGGGCGUUCGACCUUCUCUGGGAUGCUGUCACGUGGUUGAAUCGCCCGCUGUUGCCAGGAAGAGGCGGAUUCGCUUUAGGGUAGCCGCGACCGCUUCCAACGGUGUUGCUGCGCACCUCCCCGCGUCGUCCCCUUCAUCCCGCUCCUCCGCCAACCCCGAAUCCACGUCCGCGGGGCACGCAGGCGCGGAAGGAGGAUCGCGGAAGGGGAUAGUUGAUGGCGGCGGGGGCCUCGUAGGCGGGCGGGAAGAGGGCGUGAGAGGCGUGGAAGUAGACGGGGCGGGCGGGGGGGAGGGAGGGGACGGGGGGUUCACGGGAGUGCUGAGGGAGGUGCAAGAGGGCGAUCUGGACGUGCUGUUGAGUACUCUAGAGGAUCGCUUCGGGGCCGAGAUGCGCGGCCUGGGUAGCGCCACGCGCGCUAGCGGCAGCGGCGGCAGCAGCAGUGACGGAAGCGCGGCGGCUGCAGCCGCGGUGAAGGCGAACGCGCACGCGCUGCUGUCCGUCGGCGCAAAGCGCGGGCAAAUAGUCCGCCUGUUUCGCGCGCAGCCGGAGCUGAUUUACCGGGACGUGGGCGCCGCGGCGGCAGACAUGGCGGUGUUGCUGUCGUCGUUUAGAAUCACGCCCCCCGCUAUGCUUAAGGGCAUCGCGCAAUCCGUGGACUGGCUGGGCACGCCCGCAAGCCACGCACAGUGCGUGCUGCAGUUUUUAGAUCGCGAUCUGGGGGUGAACAACCUAGCGAGGGUCAUCUCCGUGUCGCCGCACGUCCUCACGCAGUCAGUUGAAACCCUAGAGGACACCGCCGCCUUCCUCCGCACGGAGCUCCGCCUCGGCGCGGAUGUGGGUAUGGCGCUCGAGCGCAACCCCGCCCUGCUGGGGGGAGUCGGCGGAAGAGUGGUGGCGGACGGGGAAUUGAGCGGGGCGGAGGCUGUUGCUGCGGGGGCGGGUUUUGGGUUUGGGCGGUCGGACGUUUCCGCGAAGCUGGAGGCGCUGCGGCGGUUGCUGAAACUACGGAGAGCGAUUGACGUGCUUCCGCUCGUCGAGCACUUCCCGCCGCUGCUCCUCGCGCCCGCGGGCACCGCAGAAGCCACCUACGCGCAGCUGGAGGCGCUCCUAGGUCCCGCGAGCGCCGCACUUGUCGCCGGCGCGCGCCCCCAGGUCCUUGCGCUGCCCGCGCAGGCGAUACGGGAGCCAAUUGUGCAGCUGAUCAGGCGGUUUGAGGGGAAAGAGGCGGCGGCGGCGGUAAUUGCGGCGGCGAACCCGUCGCUGCUGCGGCGGAAGUGGGACAAGACGGCGGGGAAGAUAGAGUAUAUCACGGGGGUGAUGGGGAGGGAUCUAGGGGAGAUCGCGGAGUGGCCCGCGGUGCUGUCAUGCAACCUGACGGGGCGCAUCAAGAGGCGGUACGAGGCGCUGAGCGGCGUGGGCGGGGGGCGGGGGGAGACCCUGCGCGCCAUGCUGGGGUGCAGCGACCGCGUCUUUGAGCGCCGCUUCCGCGUGGCGCUACCUGCGCCAGUCAAGGGGAAGAGGUGA